AUGGAGGAAGAAGAUGGAGAAAGUGAUCUUAACACCUCAGAGAUUGAUUGGGGUGAAGAAGAAAACCACUCUUGGAGUGGAGGUGGAGAAUCUGACUACAACUCAUGGGAAGGAGAAACUGAUUCUGAAAUCAGUAUGGAGGAAGAAGAGUUUGCUGAGGAGACUGGCUCAGAAAAGGAACCAGAACCACCAGACCUUUACCAGCAUGAGAUUAACUCCAUUGAUUGGUCUAGAGAAGAAGCUGACCAGAGAGAUAACCAUGAGGGCGAGUUGUAUCAAGAGGAAACUGGAUCGGAGAUCAGCCUAGAAGGACACAACCAGCAUGAAGAGGAGAUUCAUGGAGUAGAAACAGAAGAUUGUCUCAAUGAAGAGGCUGAAGCAGAAGAGGUUUAUCAAGAAGAUGGCUUUGAUUAUGACUCAGAACAUGAGGAGUCUUACAUUGAAGAGAGGCCAUGGUGUGAGACACCAUAUUCUGAUCAAGAGGAUGAUCACCAAGGUGAAACUGAUGCUCAAGUCAGUUUAGACUACUCUGAAGUAAGAUAUGGAGAUGAGCCGGAAAGUCAUCAAGAUUAUUCCAAAGAGAAUGAAGUCUUAAGUGAGGCUGGAAGAGAUGAUGAUGAUGAGUAUGAGCCAAGAUACAUCACGUUUUCAGGAUAUAACCAAGGGGCAGAAGACUACUUCAGAUGGGAGAAAGAUAUGGAGGAUUGGUUCCAAGCCAACAACAUUCCAGAGAAGGAAAAGACAAUGUAUGCUGAAGAAACUCUAACCAAGAAUGCUUAUAGGCAUUGGGCACAAGAUACUUCUCUAAGGCUUGAGUUUGGUUUACCAGAAUAUUCUUGGGAAGAGAUGAAGAGAUUUAUACAUAAGGAACUUGUUGAAGAUGCUGAGAUCAACCAAGAAUCUGAAGACGAGAAUUAUGCUGAGCCAGAUAGAUUGAUUAUGGCAGUCAGAUCAACCUCAAGGGUUAAACCUAAGGAACCUAAGGCUGUGAAUAAAAAGAUUUACAAGCAAGAGAAGAUUUCACACCAGGGUUCACUGCAAGCUCUAAAGGUACAAGGUAAAUGUCCAGGAGCGAAGAAAUUUUUACAAGUACCCAAGAAGAAAACGAGCAAAGACAGAUCAUUAGAGAGCAACCCACUGAAGUUGCAGCUAAAACUCCAAUCUGUGAAGCCUCACAAGGACGACCAGCAACAGCCAAACCAAAGUUUUGAUCCAGGUAUAAGGCAAGAAGAUGAACAGCCAAACAAUGCUGAGAGGUUGAAAGAAAGCCAUGGAAAGCACCUGACUUGUCCACAAAACGUUGAAGAAGUUUCAAGAACCAUCCAAAGCACACAUGCUGCCAAAGAGCAAAUCAUUCUUCAACUGUCUGAAACUAUUUGGGAACAGAAGCAAGUGAUCACAUGGAUGAACAACACAAGGAGAUUACAAGGUGUUUACAUGACAAAAGAAAACAAGAAGUUGUCACCAGCAACAUCUUGA